AUGGCACUCAAGGCUGUCCAAAAUUCGAUAGGAACUUCCUUCCUAUCCCGAUCUGAGAUGAACACUGCUGGUAGUCCCCAUCCAGCAAUUGACCAGGAAUCUACUAACCUUGACACCUAUGCUUCUGCUGAGUUGAAAUCAUACCAUGCAAUAACUCCUACACUUUUGGAGAACUUGUUAGUAAUAGUCAAUCAGAUGAUUUGGACAAACUUGAACAUAUUUCUUGAGACGCCAAGCCAGAUUACGAAUAUAAAACUGAGAGACGAUUCUGUGAUACAUCUUACUGAAAACUUGAUGGGCCAUCCAAUUAACAUGCUACCAUUACAAUUAGGCAAUGCUAUAGUCGAUAUAUAUGACUGUUCUAUAAUGAUGGACUACCCAUAUAAUCUAAGGAUGGAGUACCUAUGA